GCGGCCCGCCAAGCAAACUGACUAUUCUGCACUUUGUAGAAUCGAGAAGCAUAGACGAUCGUUUUGUACGCAAAACUCAUUCGCUGAAAAUAUGGAGGACAAAGUUAACACUGGAAACUCUGCUGUCGAGACUGCCGAGAGCAAUCCUGCUCCGGCUAAGAAGACUAACAAGAGCAAGGCUAAGUCGCAGGAAAAGAAGGCAUCGCGGCCAGCGACUUCCGAGAUGGUAACAGCGGCCAUUAAAGAGCUAAAGGAUCACAAGGGCUCGUCUCUACAAGCGAUUAAGAAAUACAUUGUGGCGACUUACAAAGUAGACGGUGAGAAAGUCGCGCCGUUUAUCAGAAGAUAUUUGAAAGCUGCUGUCUCAUCGGGUGCCGUCGUGCAAACCAAGGGGAAAGGCGCUUCCGGAUCUUUUAAAUUAUCGACGGACAAUUCUAAGCCCAAGACUAAAGUGCAAGCGAAGCGUCCUUCCAAGCCUGCAUCUAAGAAAGACAAAAUCGAGAAGACUACGACGGUACGAAAACCAGUUGCCACGAAGAAAACAGUCACUCCUAAAAAAGCGGCUGAGAGUCCAAAGAAACAGCCCGCUCAGAAGAAAGCUGCUGCUGCUGCUGCUAAAUCUGUCGCAAAGAAGAAGGGCGGUAAGGCUGCCAUAGAGACAAAAGCACCAUCAAAAGCUAAGAAAGCUGUAAAGGCACCUGCAGCGAAGACUAAGACGCCGAAACCGAAAAAAGCAGCAGCAAAAGCCGUAGCAAUUUCUGCAAAAAAAUAAUUAUUCUGCUCGCUAUAUACAAUUUCAAAUGGCCCUUUUCAGGGCCCAAAUUAUCUAAAACGAGGAACAAUUUCGAAAAA